AUGGGUGGAGUAGGAGCUGGAGACAAACAUUAGUCAUUUUGCGUUUUCAUAUAGAUGUUUUUAUCAAAUUCAUUCAGGUCUUCAAUAAUUUUUGUUUAAUUGAAGUGCUUUCAGUGACGACCUUUUCGUGUUGUGUAAAAUUUGCUUUAACUACCUUCUGUGAAAGUAAAUCUAACGCAAAUAUUUCAAUGGAUAGCAAAGGCAGAAAUGUUAUUGUGUGCGAUAAUGGUACUGGGUUUGUAAAGUGCGGAUAUGCCGGUAGUAAUUUUCCUGCUCAUAUAUUCCCUUCCAUGGUGGGACGGCCAAUUAUCCGGGCGGUCAACAAGAUCGGCGAUAUCGAAGUAAAGGAUUUAAUGGUUGGUGAUGAAGCCUCUCAACUACGGUCUCUGCUUGAGGUGUCUUACCCGAUGGAAAAUGGUGUAGUACGUAAUUGGGAAGAUAUGUGCCAUGUGUGGGAUUAUACUUUUGGACCGAAGAAAAUGAACAUUGAUCCUACCAACACUAAAAUUUUAUUGACGGAACCUCCUAUGAAUCCUACAAAAAAUCGGGAAAAAAUGAUUGAAGUAAUGUUUGAAAAAUACGGCUUCGAUUCCACAUAUAUUGCUAUUCAAGCCGUAUUGACUUUAUACGCUCAAGGUUUGAUCAGUGGCGUUGUCAUUGAUUCUGGAGAUGGUGUUACACAUAUUUGUCCAGUUUAUGAGGAGUUUGCAUUACCUCAUCUUACUCGUCGGCUAGAUAUUGCUGGGCGUGACAUCACUCGGUAUCUGAUAAAACUUUUACUGCUUCGAGGAUACGCCUUUAAUCAUUCGGCUGAUUUCGAAACUGUACGUAUGAUGAAGGAAAAGCUCUGCUACAUCGGCUAUGAUAUCGAAAUGGAGCAACGACUUGCUUUGGAAACUACAGUUCUUGUAGAGUCGUAUACUCUACCAGAUGGACGUGUUAUCAAGGUUGGGGGUGAACGAUUCGAGGCUCCAGAAGCGCUCUUUCAACCCCAUCUUAUUAACGUUGAAGGUCAAGGUAUUGCUGAGCUGGUAUUCUCCACAAUACAAGCAGCAGAUAUUGACAUGCGUUCAGAGUUAUAUAAACAUAUUGUUCUAUCUGGUGGUUCAACUAUGUACCCAGGCCUUCCUAGCCGCUUGGAACGUGAAAUUAAGCAGCUUUACCUAGAACGUGUGCUAAAAAAUGAUAGUGAAAAAUUGUCCAAAUUUAAAAUUCGCAUUGAGGACCCACCUAGAAGGAAGGAUAUGGUUUUUAUUGGUGGUGCAGUUUUGGCAGAAGUAACUAAAGAUCGGGACGCAUUUUGGAUGUCCAAAUUGGAGUACCAAGAACAAGGAUUGAAUGUCUUAAAAAAGCUCAGUUCUAGAACAAGUAACUAGGUUAUUGGUUAAUAGCUGAGACGUCAAUAGACAUUUAAAUUCGUCGCGUAAUUCAGAUAAACUUGUAUUAAAAGUGUAAACAAAACAUUGUUAUCGAGUUGCAUUUGCCACAAGCUAUGGACGUAUGAUUUUCGUAUACUAAUUGCUUUAAUAAAACAAAAAUUAUGACAAGUAGUUUUUUGUAUCAAACGCAUUUAUAUUCAUUAGAAUCGAGCUUUAUAGACAAAAAAGCAGAAGAUUGAAGUAUCUGUACUUUAGUUGAAUUUAAAUCUAUAAAAUACAUUGUCAUACGAACAUAGGUCAAUGUUAAUUGUAACUUAUAAACUUCGAUUAAAUACCACAAUUUUUGUUCAGUUAAAUUUUGAAAAGUAUCAUUUAUUGUUCCUCUCCACCGAAACAAUAUUUUAACGGGAAACUAGCAGUCAUUAACUUUUCGUCGGAAAGCCUAAUUUCGAAAGAAGCAGUUAUUCGGUCCAAAGGCGGGAUUCUGUUUAUAAAAAUGUAAAUACUGCAUUCUUCUUGCCAAUCUGAACACAGCGAAUAUAUUUUCAUAAACAGAUUUUUUGUUUCAAACAAAAAAACUGCUUUUGAAAUUGGCAGAAUCGAUGACGACUAAUUUCACCUUAAACUAUUUAUAUUAUCGCUUUUCAUUGUCAGUUUUUGGACUAUUAGUCAUAGGGUGAAUGAUUUUCGCCUUUUUAUUUCCGGGUAUUAACAAUGAAAUUUUUACCUUUUGUAGAGGAGAACCAGUCCUAGGCUGAAAGCCUCUAUAAU